UCUGUGAAUAUGUGUAUGUGCUAGGCAGACCGGAAAUAUGAGGCUGUCACUGCACAUAGCGGUGGUCCUCCUGGCUGUGGUAACCACUUGCCAGGCUGACCGACCCGUUCGGGCCAUCCCAAGCAACCCGAGCCAAAAUUAUGCCGUUCUAGGCGCACCAAUUAACGCGCUCCUUAACGAAGAUGGGUACUUUUACCCGAAGCCGAAGAUACCCUUCCCACCGCCGCCGCCGCCGCCGCCACCGCGACCACCAACUAGGCCACCUCCUCCUCCAACGGCGCGCCCCCCACCACCGCCACCUCCAACUAUCACCCCAAGGAAUGUUUACGUGUAUGAAACGCCACGCAUCCCGUUCCCGCCGCCCACGAGGCCUCCACCACCACCAACGUACUCCACUGUACGAGAUGUAUUCAAGACAAGUGGAUAUGACUACUCUACUCCUAGAGUGACUUUUAAUCUGCCCCCUCCUACUACCAGGAGACCACCACCACCACCUCCACCACCACCAACGAGGCUACCUCCGCCUCCUCCACCCCCUCCAAUUACUAACCGACCUCCCGCUCCUCCACCUCCUCCGACUACUAGACGUCCUCCCCCUCCUCCACCACCAACACUACCUCCUCCGGCACCAAAAACUACCGGAUACGAUUACCCUACGCCCCGGGUCCCUUUUACUUUUCCACCACCUACUACUAGGCCACCACCCCCACCUCCGCCACCUACUACAAGAAGACCACCUCCACCACCGCCUCCACCUCCUACUACAAGAAGACCACUCCCACCACCGCCUCCACCACCACCAACUACCAGGCGUCCACCUCCCCCACCACCACCUCCGCCAACACGACCUCCUCAACCUCCUAGGACUACCGGAUAUAAUUAUCCUACUCCUAAAGUAACGUUUACUCUGCCACCUCCAACAAGACCACCUCCGCCACCCACUACUAGACGACCCCCACCUCCGCCGCCACCUCCACCGACUAGACCACCACCACCAACGUACCUCCCUCCUUUGACUACAAGGCGACCUCCUCCUCCACCACCGCCCCCGCCACCAACAACCAGGCGUCCACCUCCUCCACCUCCGCCUCCGCCAACACGACCUCCUCCACCACCUAGCACUACUGGAUAUAAUUAUCCCACUCCUAGAGUACCUUUUACUUCGCGACCUCCAACUAGACCGCCCCCUCCACCGACUACUAGACGGCCUCCACCUCCUCCACCACCACCACCAACAAGACCACCACCACCACCACCAACUUACCUUCCUCCUCCAACAACUAGAAGACCUCCACCACCACCACCACCAACUACCAGAAGGCCACCACCUCCACCACCACCACCGCCUACCCGACCACCACCACCUCCACGCACAACUGGAUAUAACUACCCAACACCAAAAGUGACAUUUACUCUGCCACCACCAACUACUAGACCACCUCCGCCACCUCCACCACCAAGAACCCCAAGGCCUUUCCCUCCCGUUACGUAUCUUCCACCAACGACCAGGAGACCACCGCCUCCUCCACCUCCACCACCAACCAGGCCACCAACGUUCAGAACUCCUGCUACUUACCUACCACCACCGCCAACUACACGUCUACCACCUCCCCCUCCACCGCCGACCACAAGACGUCCUCCGCCUCCUCCGCCACCUCCACCUACCAGACCACCACCUCCAAGGACACCUGCUACGUACUUGCCUCCUCUACCUCCUACUAGGCCACCGCCACCACCUACCACUAGACGCCCACCGCCUCCUCCACCGCCACCACCAACCAGGCCACCGACGUUUAGAACUCCUGCUACUUACCUACCGCCGCCACCUCCAACAAGGCCCCCACCCCCUCCAACGACUCGAAGACCCCCACCACCUCCGCCGCCACCACCUACGCGACCCCCAACAUUUAGAACACCGCCAACAUACUUACCUCCUCCACCACCUACAAGACCACCGCCACCUCCCCCACCACCAACGACGAGACGUCCUCCACCGCCACCCCCGCCCCCACCAACAAGGCCACCAACUUUCAGAACACCUGCUACAUAUUUACCUCCGCCACCGCCAACUAGGCCACCUCCGCCGCCACCGCCACCACCUACACGUCCGCCUACGUUCAGAACACCUGCUACCUAUCUACCUCCUCCACCACCUACUCGGCCUCCUCCGCCCCCACCACCGCCGACAACAAGAAGACCCCCACCACCACCUCCUCCACCGCCAACCAGGCCACCUCCAACUUACCUUCCUCCUACCACUAGACCUCCACCCCCACCGCCACCACCGACGACGAGAAGACCACCACCUCCUCCCCCACCACCAACCCGACGGCCUACCCCACCUCCAACCAGGCAUCCUCCUCCACCACCCACCAUAAAAUACACGCCACCUCCAACCUUCGUAACUACAGGAUAUGACUAUCCGAAGCCCAAGGUACCGUUCCCGCCUGUGACGGCUCCUCCAACUAGGCCUCCUCUACCACCAUCAACUUCAAGAUACACGCCUCCUCCAACCUUCAUAACUACUCGACCAACCAGGCCUCCCGUAUACAUCCCUCCAGUUACCACCCGCGCGCCCUUCACUACACGACCCCCAUUUGUCCAAGACCAAGGAUAUUUCUACGACCGACCACUUGUGCCUUUCGUCUUUUAGUCUAAAUAAAGUACAAUUUCUCUACUAAGCUGCCAUAAAUGUGAUACCAAAAUGUACUUUAUACAAAAGUACGUAAGUCGCACGUCUUGUUUGUUAUUGUUUUUAAACAUUCGUUUAAUAGAUAAUGUGUAUGUAUCGAGGUUACCACGAAUCUAGUGAUAUUUUAAGUACAUAUAUAAAUAUAUAUUAUACACCUUUUAUCAUUAGUCAUAAUAAUAUAAUAAUAAUACUCAAAAAGUUAUGUGAAAUCAAC